AUGCCCGCCAACUCAUCAACCCUUACUUACGGUACUACGCGCCCACUCGCAACGACGCUCCGCUAUUCCGCUGAGGCCGUACGCGUACAGCCCGUCUCGCCGACGACGUGGCAAGUCGUGUUUUUGGUUAUGUUGAGUUUAGUGAAAAAAUGGAGCAAAGAGAUAAGGAUCGCCCAGGAUUGUUUGCAUAUAAGGGAAGAGAGAAACAGUGAGAAUCAGUCCGUUCUCCAGCAUCAGCUGGAGAGCUGGGGCUCUGGGACCCGGAGCUCUGGGAUCCGGAGCUCUGGGAUCCGAGAGGCGGGAUCGGAGCUGGUCGAGGUGAAAUCGGAGCUGGUGGAGGUGGAAUCGAAGCUGGUGGAGUUGGAAUCGGGGCUGGUGGAGAUGGAAUCGGAGCUGGUGGAGUUGGAAUCGGAGCUGGUCGAGGCGGACUGA